AUGAUCUCCUAUCACAUUCCCCCUCUUUUACUGUGUUUUAUGUACAUGGGAAUCUGCUUAUCCUUAAGAAGAUAUGCCGGCGCCUCGGAGGCGGUAGGCAGCCUCACCACGAAGCUGAACAUCUCUUUCCCAGCUACUGGCUGCCAGAAACUCAUUGAAGUGGACGAUGAACGCAAACUUCAUACCUUUUAUGAGAAGCGAAUGGCCACAGAAGUUGCUGCUGAUGCUUUAGGGGAAGAAUGGAAGGGUUACGUGGUACGAAUCAGUGGUGGCAAUGACAAACAAGGCUUCCCCAUGAAGCAGGGUGUGACCCAUGGCCGUGUCCGCCUACUGCUGAGUAAGGGGCAUUCCUGCUACCGACCACGGAGGACUGGAGAAAGAAAGCGCAAAUCUGCUCGGGGUUGCAUUGUGGAUGCCAAUCUCAGUGUUCUCAACUUGGUCAUUGUGAAAAAAGGGGAGAAGGAUAUUCCUGGACUCACUGAUAUUACUGUGCCUCGUCGCCUGGGGCCCAAGAGAGCUAGCAGAAUCCGCAAGCUUUUCAAUCUCUCAAAGGAAGAUGAUGUCCGCCAGUAUGUUGUGAGAAAGCCCCUAAAUAAAGAAGGUAAGAAACCUCGAUCCAAAGCACCCAAGAUACAGCGUCUUGUUACUCCACCUGUCCUCCAACACAAACGUCGGCGCAUUGCUUUGAAGAAGCAGCGCACGAAGAAAAACAAGGAAGAGGCUGCAGAAUAUGCUAAGCUUUUGGCCAAGAGAAUGAAGGAGGCCAAAGAAAAGCGCCAGGAACAGAUUGCCAAGAGACGGAGGCUGUCUUCUCUGAGAGCUUCUACCUCAAAGUCUGAGUCCAGUCAAAAAUGAGAUUGUUAUAAAAGGAACAAAUAAAUAAGAUCAGACGUCAAAAAAAAAAAAAAAAAAAAAAAGAUAUGCCAAA